GUCCCGGAGUUCUGUGGCGCCCACCCAAUGCUUAGCGCCUGAAGUCAACAUAGUAGCAAACAUUGCCUCCAAGCCGGCGCGCGUCCUUUCUCCAACUUCUUGUCUUGCACUACUCUGAUCAACUAUUCACCAUGAACAACCCCAUUCAAUUGGGGAACUCUGAGCCGAGGACCGACGUCAGCAAAAAGGGACCAACAGCGCUCGAUAACAUAGACAGCAUAGGGACCGCUUAUCUUCAACCCCUCAGGAUAUUCGACACUGUGAUCGGGACGAUAGCAGAGGUGCAUCCGUAUGCAAAGAUGGCAUUGGGCGUGCUUUCUUGCGCAUCAAAAAUAAUUCUUGCUCAAGCGGAUCGUGACGAAGCGGUACUUGACCUCUACAAGAAGUUGGGUCAAGUGUAUGGCUUCAUAACGCGAGACGACACACUCCUCAAGAUAUCGUCGAUGAGGGACAUCUUGGGACAGAUUUCUUAGCAGACCAUAGAAUGUGCCAAUUUCAUCAGGGAUUAUUCAGGGAAGAAAAGCUUUUGGGAGAUACUCGGAAAGAACAUCAUCUCGGAAACAAACGAUAUGAUACAACAGUAUAACGAUGUGUUGGAUGCGUUCAUGCAAAACUUCCGCGACCAAGUCACUCGCGACGUAGCCACCUAUAUUCACGAUGAAACUUAUGCGGAGGCCGCAGGACUAGAU